CAUUGAUUGAUAUUUGUCAAAAUAAUUCAGUCAAACAAACGAACAUGGAUUCUUUGGCUGCAAAGCCCGAGAAGUUUAAUGUGUGUAGUAGAAAUGCAUAUGAUAAAGUAAUAUCAAAUACUCCCAGAAACAUGUCAGCUAAUAGUACUAAUAUUGUCCAUAAGUUAUUUAAUAGAGAGACAUUCGGCGGAACAUCUAGGAAAACCAAUGACAGGGGUCGCAGAGUGUUUGAGAAGAUCCCGCCGAGACUGCGGUUCUGCCUGAUGGACAUAGUGCCCUUGUCCUACUUGACGGAGCAUGUGUUCAUGGGAUUCUCCCAGUGCGGGCAGUUUCUUCUUAGCUUCACAUACAGCUGUAACACACAGCUAUACUUUAGAGAGAGUUCUAAGUUCACCUUACAUUUUCUGGCAUGGGUUCCUGGCACCAUCGUGCAACCGGUGCACAGUGUUCCACUGUUCGGAGAUGAUUGUGUGGACAGCAAAGUGACCAUAUCCAUGGCACAGUGGAAACACAAUCCAGAUGCCUUAGUUGUAUAUGGUAUUGC